GUUAAAAUUCACCAUUUUUACAUGGUUUCUUAUGGAUAAACGUGAACAAAUUUGAUGAAGACAGGGGCCUUUUUGAAAACAAUUAACGCUCAUAUUGACAAACGCCCACGUGACAACAUUUUAUGUCUAAUAUUAAAUUCACUUAAAAAGUAUCAAAAUGGGUGAUUAGAGUUAAAAUGCACCAUUUUUACAUGGUUUCUUAUAGGGGAGAACACACAAAUUUGAUAAAUUCAGAGGCCUUCUUAAAAACUUUUUAAACCGUUUAGUCUUCCGUCCGACCAAAAGUUUACCUUAUACCUAUUAACUUUUGUUUCAGAUUGUUAAAGUAUUAGAACAUAUCCAACUGUUGAAAUAUACAUUUUCUUGUUAAAACAUUGGAGCGCAUCCUACCUACAACAUUUGUAAUAUUGGGCACUUUUACGUAUUAUUGUGCAGUGAAGACGCAUCUUAAGAAUUAAAUAUACUUUGGUGUAAUAUAAUGGCUCUGUUUACGGAUUUGGUUCGAUACAUUGCUGGUUUUCUCGGUCUGCUAUCUACGAGUUAUGAUGAAGCGGUAGCCCAAAAAGGACUACGAGAGUGUCAAAAGGGGAUAAAGCGUAUAAAUUAUGCAUUGAAAAAUGCCAAAACGAUGGGUGAGAAGCAACAUCUGGAGGCAUGCUUAAGAAAUAUAAAGACUUAUCACAACCAGGUAAAAGCUAUGGUAAAAAAGGGGACCGGGCUUAAAUCUAGAAAUGAAACUGCAAGGGAUCAUGUUCGCUGGAAUGAUUCCGAUACUGCAUUCAAUAGCCGCAUCCGGACGGGUGUAAUCAGUAAUCUAAACCAUAAGGAUCCCAAGGCUUUUUUGAUCGAUGCUAAGGUUUUAUUUAAGCGGAGGAUACAGGCGGCUUUAAAAAAAGAUGAGGCUGUUAAGGUCAACACAGCUUUCGGGGGAGAGUUUGAGGUGGUGAAGGGAGAUCGUGUGCAGGUAGAGCACAAGUACUUUACUACCUCAAAUUCGCCAAUUUAUAGAGACACCAAUCUUGAUGAAUGGUUUGAAGAAAAGGUAAUUAGGCCAAUCAUGAAUGAGCUUGAGGAGUUUCAAGAACGUGACAGUGGCUGGGCGUUGAAGAAGGUGAUAAAUUUGGGGGUUAAUAUUAACAAGUUUACACCCCAACUUGGAUCCUCGUAUGUCGAGCUGCCUCCUCAAAUUGCAAAUAAAAAAGCAUGCGUGAACGUUAAGAACGAUGACCAGGCAUGUUUUGCUUGGGCCAUUACAUCUGCUUUAUAUCCUAUACAUAAAAAUUCUGAUAGAGUUUCUUCAUACCCACAUUACUCCACAGUCCUUAAGCUCAAAGGAAUUCAAUUUCCUAUGACCAUGAAACAAAUUCCAAAUUUCGAGAAGCAGAAUGAUGUAUCUGUUAACGUUUAUAUCCUACAAAAAGAAAAAAAGCCGUUUGCCACAUUACCAACUUACCUUACAAAGGAUAAAAAAGAUCGACAUGUAAAUCUUUUGCUUAUUCAAGAUCGUUAUGAUGAUGCUCCUACAACAUACCAUUAUGUGUGGAUAAAAAGCCUUUCCAGACUACUAUCGCAACAGUUGUCAUCUAACCACAAUAAAAAGUUUUUCUGUGAUCGGUGUCUACAUUACUUUCAUACAAAAGUGAAGUUGGACAAACAUCUUGAGGACUGCAAGAAGUUUAAUGAGACUGCGAUCAAGAUGCCUGAACCUGGAAAAAACCUUCUCAGGUUUAAAAAUCAUAAGAAUAAAGAAAAGGUUCCUUUCAGUGUGUAUGCCGAUCUGGAAAGCGUCCUAAGACCCACCAACGAUCUUAAGAAACCGCAGGAACACGUUCCAGCUGCUGUUGGAUACUAUUUAAAGUGCAGCUAUGAUGACUCCUUGUCGUUCUAUCGAGCUUAUCGAGGUGUUGACUGUAUGCAGUGGUUCGCUGAUGAGAUGGCACAGCUAGCAGAAGAUAUGGCAACGGUCUUUUGGUGUCCUUAUGAUAUUCACAUGACUCCUACUCAGGAAGCGGAAUUUCAAAAAGCAACUCAUUGUCAUAUAUGCGAGGAACCAUUCACAACUGAAGAUAAGAAAGUGCGCGAUCAUUUUCAUUUAAUCCCCGAAAACAACUAUAGAGGUCCCGCCCAUGAAGGGUGUAAUAUAAAUUACAAAGACACUCACAUUGUACCUGUGGUGUUUCACAAUUUAUCAGGAUAUGAUGCCCACUUUGUAAUCACAGAUAUUGCCACACGAAUGAAAGGAACUAUCGAUUUGCUGCCCAUCACCAAGGAAAAGUAUAUUUCCUUCACCAAACAUAUUGAUGAGUGUCCUAUUCAAUUCCGUUUUAUCGAUAGUUUCCGAUUUAUGGCCUCUUCUUUGGAUAAGCUUGCUUCAUAUUUACCUGAACAUCCAAAUUUAAAAUCUCAGUUCCAAGAGUUGCCAGAAGACCAGUUUAAUUUAUUAACCAAGAAAGGAAUAAUGCCUUAUGAUUACAUCGAUUCAUUCGAUCGAUUUGGGGAAACUUCUUUGCCGCAUAUUGAUAAAUUCUUCAACAAGUUAGAGGAUAGGCCGUGUCCUCGUAGGCUUUACCUUCGAGCAAAGCAUGUAUGGAAUAAGUUUGGAUGCAAAGAUCUUGGGCAAUACGUUGACUUAUACAUGAAGACUGAUAUCAUGCUUCUUGCCGACGUCUUUGAACGGUUCCGUUCUAGCUGCCAUAAAACAUACGGUCUUGACCCUGCCCACUAUUAUACUUUACCUGGAUUUACGUGGGAUGCGAUGUUGAAGUAUACCAAGCAGGAACUGGAGCUGCUGACUGAUGUUGACAUGUUUUUGUUUGUUGAGCGAGGCAUUCGAGGAGGGCUUAGUCAAGUCUGCUCCAAAAGGCGAGCCCAUGCAAACAAUCAGUAUAUCAAUAAUUACGACCCCAGUAAGCCCAGAUCGUUCCUUAUGUACUUUGACGUUAAUAAUCAGUAUGGUUGGGCGAUGAGCCAGUAUCUGCCGUAUGGAGGUUUCGAAUGGGUAGAUACCAACAUCGACGUUCUGUCCAUUUCUGACGAUGCAUCAGAGGGGUACAUGCUGGAAGUUGAUCUCGAGUACCCUCAACAUCUUCAUGAUCAACAUAAAGAUCUACCUUUUUGUGGUCAGCAUAUCGACCCGAAGACUGGUAAGCCCCGUAGAACAACAAAGGAGCUUACCAAGUUGAUGGCUACCCUUAAGCCUAAAACAAAAUACGUGAUCCAUUACCGAGCCCUCAAACAAGCUUUAUCCCACGGGUUGAUACUUACCAAGAUCCAUCGUGUGUUGAGAUUUAAGCAGGCUCCAUGGCUGAAGAGCUACAUUGACCUCAACACGGAGCUGCGGAAGAAGGCUACAAAUGAGUUUGAGAAGAACCUCUAUAAACUCAUGAACAAUGCUGUUUUUGGUAAAACGAUGGAAAACAUCCGAAAGAGGGUCAAUAUCCGGCUUCUAACUGAAUGGAGUGGGCGGUAUGGAGCAGAGGCGAUGAUAUCGAAACCUGAAUUUAAAAACUGCACUAUAUUUAACGAGAACUUGGUUGCAGUGGAAAUGAAGAAGCUGCAGAUCUGGCUUAAUAAACCCAUCUACGUUGGUCAGUCAAUUCUCGAUUUGGCGAAAACGACGAUCUAUGAUUUCCAUUAUGGAUAUAUGGUAGAUGCCUUUCCUGACUGUUCCGUGUUAUACACCGACACCGAUUCCCUUAUUUACGAGCUUCAUCAAGACCCAUACGAAGUUAUAAAGCGUGACUGUCAUAAAUACUUUGAUACGUCAGACUAUCCUGAGCAGAACAUCUUUGACAUCCCUCAGGUCAACAAAAAAGUGCUUGGUAUGAUGAAGGACGAGAAUAAUGGGAUCCCGAUGACAGAUUAUGUAGGACUCAGAGCAAAAUUAUAUUCCUUAAAAGUAUUGGUAACGGAUGAUGCUGUGCUGAAAAUGCGCAAGGAGCUUGAGGAGAAGGAGUAUGAUGAGGAGGAAAUUGAGGAAAUGAUAAGGCAUUUUGGCGUGACGAAAAAGGCGCAAGGUGUGAAGUCAUCGGUGGUUAAGACUAAGAUCAAUUUUGAUGAUUACAUCGAAUGUCUCGAUAGCUGGUCAGCAAAGGUUAUUAGUCAAAAUUUAAUUCGAUCCUCCAAACAUCAGGUUCAUUCUAUAGUGCAGGAAAAAAUCGCCCUUUCACCCUUCGAUGAUAAACGUUAUCUUAUUCCAGAAUCAUACAGGACGCUGCCUUGGGGCCAUUAUUCGAUACCCAGUGAUAUGGAGGUUGAUGUGGACCCAUUUUCAAAUUAAUAUUUUUUUUUUAGUUAGUAUAUUUUCUUUUAAUUAUAACUUUUAUACCAAACUCUUCAAUUCAUACCAAACUCUGUUUGUAUAGAAAAAAAUAAAAAUGUUUU